AUGACAGGCUUGCAAUGGGACAACCAAGUCUAUCUUGCCUCAUCAAUGAAGGGCAAUUACCCCUAUACCUACCGACACCGCACGCAGGGCAAGAAGGGCGAGGAUUCGAACACGGGAAACGUCCGCGAAUACGUGCCCGAGGAACUCCGGAAUGCACUUCAGAAGUCCAAAAUAGAUGAGCACAAAAACCUCCAAUACAAGAACGAUAGGCAGUGCGGAGAGGUCUUUGCGGCUUGGACCUGGAUGCUGGAGAAUAACGCGGACCCCCAGAGCCCGACUAAGAAGUUGUCAGGCAACAAGCCAGAGCCAGAAAUUGUCAGCUAG